AUGGUGGCCACCAUGAAGAAGACGGCUGCAGAAGAUGUCAAUGUUACUUUCGAAGAGCAACAAAAGAUAAACAAAUUUGCAUGGAAUACAAGUAGAAUCACAGAGCUAAAGGAAGAAAUAGAAGCAAAACAGAAACAACUCCAAAACGUAGAAGAUGCUCGUGACGGUACCAUGCUUGCAGAUGCUGACUGCUUAAUGAUGCCUUAUCAAAUCGGUGAAGUCUUCAUUAGCCAUUCUCAAGAAGAAACACAGGAAAUGUUAGAAGCAGCAAAUAAAAAUUUGCAAGAAGCAACUGACGCCUUAGAAUCCAAAGUCGAAGCAAUUCAGUGGGUGUGA